UCUCUAGUUUUGGUUCUUUCAAUGUGAACUUGAAGCCUGUGUUUCACUGCAGAUGAUUAUUUACAUACUAAUCCGGAACUGAAAGUAACCUUGACAGCCCUAAGGAAGCUAAGUUGUAGAAUUAUGUUGGAACCAAUAAGGUAAGAUUGUUGUGUUAAGGAAUAUAUCUAGUCAAGUUUUCUGUUUGAACUUUUAACAUGCUCAAAAUUUAACUAAUUGUUAUGAUUUUUUUAAGAGAAGUUACGCAGGUCUUAAAAGGAAAAGACUCAAAAGAGUAUAAUAAAAAUGAUCUAAUUCUAAAAAUUUAAAACUUCAAUUUAGGGCUUAUAUUUGUGAUAGUAAAAUACUGAAAUAUCCCAACAAAAUUAAAUUUAUUAACCAUGAAGCUCAAUUGUUCAGCAUAAUGAGUACACACAUGGAGAUAAAAUAUGUGACAUGAAUCUCAGUAACAUUAACACUAACACCUAGCAGUAGCACCUCUCUGCUUGGUUCCAUUUUCACAUGUCCAACUCAAUUAUUCAAUUCUUGCACCAAUGUCAUGUAACUAAAAACCUCUCAGCCAUAAAGAAACUCCAUGGCAAUCUACUCAGAACAGGCACACUCUUUUUCUUGCAUGAUUUACACACCAAUCUCAUUGCUGCAUACGCCACAUGCCUUCCUAAGAACCACCUUCAAACACUGCACAAUUUCUUCAAAUGCAUGAACUCCACCAACCCAUUACACUUCAAUGUCAUCAUAUCUAAUUUUUGUCGCAAAGGUUUCCCCUUCCUUGCUCUCACCGCCUUCUCCUUCAUGCACACCAACAAUGUUCCCUUGGAUACAUACGCUUUAUGCAGCACCUUAACUGCUUCAUCCAGAGUCAAUGAUGUUAACUUUGGGAAACAGAUACAUGCCCACGUGGGGAAAUUGGGCUGGUCUUCUAGUGUGUUUGUGGGUAGUGCUCUCGUUGAUUUGUACUCGAAACUGUCAAGUGUAAAAGAUGCAGCCCUUGUGUUUGAUGAAAUUCCUGAGAAGAAUACUGUUUGUGCUAAUGCGCUUUUAUCGGGCUAUGGCGAGGCUGGGCUAUGGGCUCAGGGGCUUGAACUUGUUAGGAAGAUGCCAGUGUUGAGAUUGAAGUAUGAUCAGUUUACAUUAUCGGCAGCUUUACGCGCAUGCACUGGUUUAUCUGCUGUUGAAUUGGGUCGGCAACUGCAUAGUUAUGUGCUCCGCACGACGCAUGAUAUAGAGAGUGAUGUGUUUCUGCAGAGCUCGCUAAUUGAAAUGUAUGGCAAGUGUGGCCUGGUGAAGAAGGCUCAGCAAGUCUUCAAGCUGGAUGGAGUAGAGAGCAGAAAUGAAAGAAGCAGAGAUGUUGUGUUAUGGACUUCAAUGCUUGGUGUGUAUGGUAGAAAUGGAAAGUACAAGGAAGUGAUUGAUUUGUUUAAGGAAAUGUUGGAGGAAGGAAUAAGACCAGAUGGAAUAGCAUUUCUGACAGUAAUCUCAGCUUGUGGUCACACUGGCCAAGUACAUGCUGGUGUUAAGUAUUUUGAAUCUAUGUCUAAUGAAUUUAAGUUGAAUCCUGGUCCAGAGCAUUAUAGCUGCCUAGUUGAUUUGCUUUGUAGAGCUGGUGAAUUGCAGAAGGCAUGGGAAUUGCUGAAUCAGACACUCUAUAAAGGAAUGGGAAAUUGUACAAUCUCAAUGUGGGGGGCUCUACUCAAUGCUUGUGUGGAUUGUGGGAAUAUAGAGCUGGGUAAAUUGGCUGGUCAGAGGGCUCUUGAGUUAGAUCCCCAUAAUGCUGGGAUCUGCAUUUUGCUAUCAAACCUUUAUGCCAGGUUUGGUAUGUGGGAUGAGAUUGGACACUUGAGGGUUGUGAUCAAAGAAAGAGGGUUAAGAAAAGAUGUUGGAUGCAGUUGGGUUCAGGUGACAAGUUGAAUAGAUUGGAAAAUGCUUUGAAGUAAUGCUGCCUACAAAUCUUGCUGAUGGGGCUAUAUACUUUAAAUUCUAAAGACACCUAUCAUCUCAAGUUACAACUAGAAGGGAAUGCUCAAAUAGAGUGGGGUUAAACAUUGUGAGGCAUUUGUUUAGAUGUUAGAGUGGAUUUAUAGUAUGUUUCGAUUGGCCUUUAUUUCCUUAUAAUCAAUUCUAGUAAUUAGAAACUGCUUAUUGCGGUGAAAUUAAAAUCAUGACGGACAUAAGUAAA